CAUCUCGUGCUUGUAUUCCUCAUUUUUUAUCUCUUCGGUUUGGGUGACUUCUUUACCAAGCAUGGAUUUGAUAGUGAAGAAAAUUUCGCGUGAUAUUGUUUCGCUUAUUCUGGCACUCACUCUGGCCGUGAUUUUCUACGUCCUGCCCCUGAAUGGAGAAAUGUGUUCUACAAUGAUCUCUGCAGUUGAUGGAGAAAACUUGUCGGCUUUGCAGAAAAGGGCAUUCUCCAGUUUCAGAUCAACCUGUCGCAGAGAGUCACUCAUACAGGAAACAACAGUUGGUGUAACCUCACUCUGUCCUCCUCAAUUUACAUAUUGGGGUAAGGGCAAAGCAGAGCUUCAGCUCCCGAUGACGUCACCAAUACAACUAGAUUUUACAGUCAACACUAGAGUAUAUAUAUAUGUGAUGUUUUCUCCAAAUGGUCCUGGUAUUGAUGAAGCUUUGUACACAGUGGACCUGGGCACUACAUCUGUUUACAUCUUAAAAAGGAAUUCUUCCUCUCAAGAUUGGGCAACCGUGCAGACUAAGAGUAGCGUAAACUUUAUCGGAGUACCAGUCGUGAUUACUUACGAUAACGGUCGCUUCGAAGUGGCAGUCAAAGGGCUGCCAGAUUCUACCGUGACCCAUGACAUCACAACUCCACCUCAGCCCAGCUGGUUUGUGACUUUUCACUCCAAGGUUGACGUUGAUUUGAAAUUCACUGAGCCAUGUAUUAAUGAUUUCGAUCCACAGUUCACACCUUACUAACGCUUAUAAUAACAAAAUGAUGGAAACAUCUGUGUGCAAAGUAGGUAAACCAUCAAUGUGAGGUUACAGAAUGCUUUGAUAUUGUCGAAAGCUGCUGUAAACGUCAUACACAAAGUUUACAUUGUCAUUAGUUUUGAGAGAUGAAUAACAACAUUCCCUUAAAAAACAACAAUAAAAAAACGUUAUUUUCUUUGAUAUUAAUGUUAAA